UUUUGAGGUCUGAUCUAUAGACCAAAACACUGAACAAGAAAGUUGUUCAUAUUCAGUCGAAAUUUUUGAUUCGUUCCCUCUGUAGAAAGCCGCCGGAAAAUGACGAAUGAGAUAUUACACUUCGAGUUGAACACCGGCGCGACGAUUCCCUCAGUCGGGCUUGGUACGUGGCAGGCGGAGCCUGGCCUCGUUGGUCAAGCUGUUGAAGCAGCAAUCAAGAUUGGAUACCGUCAUAUUGACUGUGCUCGAGCGUAUGGCAAUGAAAAGGAGAUUGGCUUAGUUCUGAAGAAGUUGUUUGAUGAUGGAGUUGUGAAGAGAGAGGAUUUGUUUAUUACCUCCAAACUUUGGUGUACAGAUCAUGCACCUGAAGAUGUACCUGUGGCAUUGGACAAAACACUGGAAGAGUUGCAACUUGAAUAUGUUGAUCUGUACCUUAUCCAUUGGCCUGCACGGAUGAAAAAAGGUUCUGUUGGCUUUAAGCCCGAGAACCUUAUUCCCACCGAUAUUCCCAGCACAUGGAAGGCCAUGGAAGCACUCUACGAUUCUGGCAAAGCAAAAGCUAUAGGAGUUAGCAAUUUUUCGGUGAAAAAACUGAGUGAUUUGUUGGAUACGGCCCGUGUUCCUCCGGCUGUCAACCAGGUCGAAUGUCAUCCUUCAUGGCAGCAGGCAAAACUCCACGAGUUUUGCAAUUCUAAGGGUGUUCACCUAUCUGGUUAUUCGCCAUUGGGCUCUCCUGGCACAACACGACCGAAAAAUGAAGUCCUCACGAACCCGGUUUUAGCUGCUGUUGCUGAGAAAUUAGGUAAAACGACAGCCCAAGUUGCGCUUAGAUGGGGUUUGCAGAUGGGUCAUAGCAUUCUUCCAAAGAGCACGAGCGAGUCGAGGAUUAAAGAGAAUUUCGAUGUCUUUACGUGGAGCAUUCCGGAUGAUUUAUUCGUAAGGCUGAUUAAGGGUUCUUCGUUUGUCCACGAGACGCUCAGCGAGUACAGAACUUUUGAAGAGCUUUGGGAUGGAGAAAUAUGAGCUUAUUAUGAUUUCUGUUUGUGUUUUUUCACAUUAUUGCAGCAGAUUAAUGUUCAGAAAUCUCUCUCUAUCAUUUACUGUGGUUUGAUAAUUGAUGUUAAUCCAACUUUCCUCAUAAAUAAUAGAAUAAGAAAGGGGGUAAUCAAUUCAUAUUACAAAAACACCACACUUAUAAUCAAGUAUAAUUAAAUGUAUGCUAAUGGUAUUCAAUUUUUUUAUUUUUUAU